GGAGAAGGCGAGAGGUAGACGGAGAUGCACACUCUGACUUGCAGAGCCGGUGGCACUGAAGUCAGCUGUAGCAGUGAAAUAAAACACAGCCCUGGACUGAAACCUGGGACCCUGAGUCUAGAAGAACAGCACGGGUGACAGGAAAUAUGUCCGAAUCCAACGUUCAGUCCAAGAAGGCCGGCAUCCGGGCUGCUGUCAUUCUUAUUGGACUACUACACAAGUCCAGGAGGCACAAGGAGAGAGAGAGGGAAAGAGAGAAAGAGAAGGAGAGAGAGAAGGAGCGGAAACAAGAGCUGCUGACAAUCUCAAACGUUCCUCUGGGAGAAUGUCCACCAUCUCCGCCACGCACUGCGCCACCUACUAUGAAGUCUGCCGAGUUCUUCGACAUGCUGGAGAGGAUGCAGCUUCCUAAAUAUGAGGAAACUAAGAAGCACAAGGACGACUACAUCCCGUACCCCAGGAUAGAGGACGUGCUGGAAAAAGGAGGACCGUACCCUCAGGUGAUCCUGCCGCAGUUCGGAGGUUACUGGAUCGAGGACGGAGAGGCUCCUCUGGGAACCCCGACAUCCUCAGACAGCAGCUUCUGUGAAGAAGAAGAGGCCGAUGGCACAGAGCCAUGUGGAGAAGGAGGAGGAGGAGAAGGAGGAGGCUUUGGAUACAGGCUGGAAAGCAACAGUACAGCACGAGCAUACCGCAGACAUUUUCUCGGAAGAGAGCACAUGAACUAUUAUUGCACAGCCAGUAGUUUGGGAAACCUCAUUAUGUCUUUAAAGCAUGAGGAGGCUGAAGGUCAGGAAUUCCUUCGUAUUAUGCUCAGGUCAAAGACAAAGACACUUCAUGACAGGAUUCCACUGGAGGGACUGCACCAGCUUCCCAGUGUUCCUCAGAUAGCCAAGCUGCUUUGUGAUGACGUCACAGGUCUGAAGUUUAAUCCCGUCCUUUACCCAAGGGCCUCGCAGCUGAUAGUCGGCUUUGACGAGCACGAAGUCAAUAACACCUUCAAGUUCGGGGUCAUCUAUCAGAAGUUUGGCCAGACUUCUGAAGAAGAGUUGUUUGGGAAUAACGAAGAGACGCCGGCAUUCGCCGAAUUUCUCAGUGUGUUGGGAGAUAACAUAGAGCUGCAGGAUUUUAAAGGGUUCCGUGGCGGUCUGGACGUGUCUCAUGGACAAACAGGAACUCAGUCGGUCUACACCGUUUUCCGAAACCGAGAAAUCAUGUUCCACGUUUCGACUAAACUUCCCUUCACGGAGGGAGAUGUCCAGCAGCUACAGAGGAAGAGACACAUCGGGAACGACAUCGUGGCUGCGGUUUUCCAGGAAGAACCCACUCCGUUUGUACCUGACAUGAUCGCGUCUAACUUCCUCCAUGCCUACGUGUUAGUUCAGGCUGAAAACCCCUGUACUGAUCACACAACAUACAAGGUUUCCGUCACGGCUCGAGAAGAUGUCCCACCGUUCGGCCCUGCUCUACCGAAUCCUGCCGUUUUUAAAAAGGGCCCAGAGUUUCGUGAAUUUCUGCUUACAAAACUGAUCAAUGCCGAGAACUCUUGCUACAAGUCUGACAAGUUUGCCAAGCUGGAGGGACGGACGCGAGCAGCGCUCCUGGAUAAUCUGCAUGAUGAGCUGCACAGACAGACCCAAGCCACGAUGGGAGUGGGAUCAUCCACAGGGGAAGACAAACUAGAGAAUGGAGCACAUGGAGGUCUGCUGGAGUCCUUUAAGAGGGCCAUGCGGGUGAGGAGUCACUCCAUGGAGACGAUGGUGGGUUCUCACAAACACAAAGCUGCAGCAGGAGGAGUACCAUCCAGUAUGAGUGGAGGAGGGCUACCUCAGAGCAGUGCUGAGUGCACAAAGAGUACCUUCACGCCUCCAGUGCUGUCGGCCAAGUCUCCCAUGAAGAGUCCAGUUAAACGACGUUCAGGCUUGUUUCCCAGGCUGCACUCGAGCACAGAGAGCCCUACUGAGAGACAUCCACCACGCAGUGAUCACAAAGCAGCAGAUGUAUUUCCACACUCGCAGGAAGUAAGAUCUGAGACUUCCUCUAAUCCAAGCUCGCCAGAGAUCUGCACCAACAAGGAAAGACCGUUUGUAAAGCUGAAGGAGUGCAGCAGCCGAAGCAACAUCUCCCGAUCGUCGUCCAGCACCAGCAGUUUCAGCAGCACAGCUGGAGAAGGAGAUGGUCUGGAGGAGCUUGACCUGACAGGAAAAGUCAAAUUUCAUUUAAGUCAAACCUGAAGUUUCAUUCUGACAACUUGAGUGAGUCACAAGACCACAGGGCAUUGAGAGAGACGCUAGUGACUACACAGAGAAAGCAGGCAGCGUAGCAUAACUGGAGCCAAGAGACUUUCUGUCAGAGCGAGAAGGGACCAUAUGCGUACGCAACGCAACCAACUUCAUCACAGCUGUCCAACACACACCUUUAUAACCUGCAUAACCUGCACACACACAUACACACACACACUGAGUGCAGCCGACGCCAAGAUGCCAAAGCGAGUCUUAACCAAAUAGAAGGUCAUCAUCGAGACUAUUUCAAACCUGUGGUGUGGUCGAAGAUGCUUCUUAUCAAACAGGUACCAGAUAAAAAAAAGCAAACCAAUGCCAACAUAUUUGUGAUCCAUCAACAGCACAGUGGAGAAGAAGCAUGUGAUCUACAUGUCGUGUUCCUUCGAUAAUGUGAUGUCCAAGAUACACAACAAUACAGCAAAGUUAGGAGUCUAUUCCAAGCCAUAAUGCAAAUACAGGUCGUUUACUAUAAUUAUAAUUUAUUAUUAUUUCUCUUUUUCGUAAGUCGCUCUGGAUAAGGCAGUCUGCCAAAUGCUGGAAAUGUAUAGACACGACUUACUGGACAAGUACAGUAUGAGAGAGUGGGUGUGUGUGGUGGUCUGGGAAAACACGACAAUAUUUUACAUUGAAAACUACAGACUUGAACCACGAACUGCAAUAGUUUCAAUCAAGGAAAUUUCUAGCAUUCGUUUGAUUAGCAAGGUCUUAGAUGUCACUAGGUUGAAUAUUUUUAGUGGUUUCUAAAUGAUCAUGAUCUUUGCAGGAAGCAGACAUUUAAAAAGUGAGUACAAAUGUUUUAAAAUAGUUUUGGAGAAAUAUCUAUAAUUUAUAAAGACUGCUUUUGGCAGAACGGAGCAAAGAAUAAGGAGCUAAUAUAAUUAUUAUAGCUGAUGGUGGCUAACUGUAGCAAGGAAUUAGUGACACUAUUUAGAGUAAUGUUAUUGUCAGUGAGCUAGCUAAAAUGAAUUAAUAUCAACUAAAUUAUUAGGUGGCUAAUAAAGAACAGCUACACCAGUCCAAGGUUAAUGUUAGCCCACAAUAGCUAAAUUAGCUGAUAUUUUCGAUAAUGCUUUUGCUAGCUAGCUAAUCAACAUUAAGAGCUAACAGAUUUUUAAGCUAAAGAAAUUAACCAAUACAAAAUAAUAUUAAUUUAUAGUAAUGUUAAGGCACAAUUAGCUAACUGGUAAUUAAUUACCUUGCUAAGGACAACUAAGCUAGUCAAAGGUCAAUGCUUGUGAUCUAAAAAAAAAUAAAUAAGUAAAUUAGCUUAUUAUAUAUAAAUGUUACAAAGUUGAAUGUUUUUACUGGUUUCUUAGCAAACAUGAAAAAUUAUUAGCUAGAUUAGCUAGGUGGGUAUCUAAGAACAGGGGCACAAUAACUAAAUUAACUGAUGCUUAUGCUAGCUAACUAAUCAAUAUUGAAGAUUGUUUCACUAUUAAAACCAUGAAUAGCAGUGUUUUUAACAUUGCAGCAAAAGAUGAAACCACACCUUACAACUACCUGAAAGCAGCUAACUUGCAACUUAUUCGCAAGCUAAGAACAGCUAUACUAGUCAGAGUGGUUUUGUAAACAUAUAUCUAUAGUUUCUUGAAGAAGUUCUGCCCAAGUAUGCCAAGACACAACAGUUAUAAAAUGUAGAUAUUGUUCUAUAUUUUUUCCCCAAACAUUUGAUAAGUUCUCCCCGACCACCACAUACAUAUUUUAUGUUUCCAACAUGCUUCUUUAUUGAUGUUCAGCUUUAAUGUUUCUGCUUUAGUAACGUUACAGUUCCUGUCUGUGACCAGGCCAACAGAUUUAGUCAAUGGCUAAUCAUCUCUAACAGGUAUACUAGAAACAUACACUGAAAAAUGUUAUGUAAAUGUUCAGAACCAGUCUGUAUGUUUAUACAGAUUUCAAACUUAAUAUAACGAUAUAUACAAAUAUUAUCCUUGAAUCAUUUUUUAAUUAACAAAAUGCGAAUAGCCAAAACACUACAUCACUGUGUUUUUUUAGUGUAAUUGCUGGUACAACACAAAUGGAUUGCUAAUUUGGUUGGACAUUAAUUUUCUCCAAGUUUCUAAAGUUCAGCUUCACUGAUUUGAGUGAAAUAGCUUAACAGCAGAUGUAGCACAAUCAAUAGUUCCUAAAAACUUAAGCUUAAAUGUCUUGUUCUGUUUGCUCCAAGCUGUCUUUGUGGACGUGUGCUAGCAAUUUUACCUCAGUUCAAUAUAAUGAGCUUACUUCUUCUAACUACAACUGAUUCAUUUUACACAUAACAUCAUAUAUUUAAAUAUCUAGCAGAACGUUUUAAACAGAAGAAUCAUUGUUUAAUUGUUAAACUCUAUUGAUAUAAGUAUUGAAGUAUAUCAAGUGUGAAAGAAGAUUGAAGAAAACAUUUGUAAAUUGUUUCAAAGUUUGCUAGCUGGUAAACUUGAUAAACACACUUGUGCUAGCUUAUGUCAAUCAAUCAAUCAAUCAAUCAAUCUAUGCGGAAAAAUCAGCGAGCCUGACCAAUCUGGAUUUUUCACCCAGGAUAAACGGCUAACAAUUUUUUAAGGGAGAAAAAGCAGCUAAUAUGUUUUUUUUAGUUCUGGUAUGGUUAGUUGGAAGUAGCUAACUGUAGCUAAACUAGCUAAUUAGCAAGUAAUUAACUACACUAGUCAAAACUCAAUGUUGGUUAACUGUAACUAAUUAGCUCAUCAGUUAACAGAGGUUUAUUUUUAAGCUAAUAAAAUUAACAAAUACAAUUGUAAUAUUGCAGCAAAACAUCUAACCAUAUCUUUUGAUAGCAAUUUUAGGUCAAAAUUAGCUAAAUUUAGCUAAGAACACCUAGUCAAAGAAUAACAAUAACCAAAUUAGCUAACAGAACCUGUGUUAGCGUGACGAAGGAGAGCUGUGUCAGAGUUCAAAAUAUCCCACCUCUAUUCUUAUCAUGCCUUAUUCAUUCCUCUAGACUCUCAUAAAGGAAAGACAAAUCUAUUUUACUCAGUUUUAUCCCCUUGACUUGAAUUGUACAUACACCAAAAAUAUAGUUCCAGCACUCCGGUACUUUGUUCAUAUGUAAAAAAACAAAACAAAAAAAAAACAAAUGUGAUGUGUGAAUGUGCUAUUUAAAUUUAAUUUCUAUUAAGAGCAAGCAAAAAUAAAGCACUUUCUGACAUGUGAGAACCCGGAAGGUGUGAAGGAAACAGUGUACAGUAUGUACGGUGUAACAUUUUACCUGUAGCCAGAGCGAGUGUGGAGUAGCAUUGCUACAGCUCAGGAGAUUUAGUUUGAUACUGACAUAAUUUAUUGCUUUUGAUGUCUGUAAAAUAGAAUUGUUGAGUAAAACCGAGACGUAAAGAAAUGCAGAUGAUUUAAAGAUUAUUCCUGUAUAUGUAUAUUUGGUUAUGUAUUGUGCCAUUGAGAAUUUAUUAUGAAAUAAAAUGUUGUAUUUUGUGUCUAA